GUCAUCAUCUUUCACUAAACACAAAUGUAAACACAUUUUUAACAGUUAAAACCCUAACAACAAAACCUCAGCCGCGUUUCCCGCUUUGCAUCUGUAUCAGUCGACUCGCACUCAACUCAACUGCUCGGAAAACGCCGCCGGACUUUUUCGUCGGCCGCUAUAAACAGUUUUUCUGUGCAACUAUUCCUUAAUCCGACCGAAAUGGAUGACAAGAUAGACACUGCAGAAAAGAAGGUGUUGGUUGAUAUUGUAAAAUUGGCACAAAGGAAAGGCAUGAAGGGUACAAUGGGAGACUGGAAAGAAUUCUUGAACAGUCAUGAUAAAAAAUUUGGGGCAGGUAUGAGUGAUCCAUCAAAGAGGUCCCAUGAGGAUUUGGCUGCAUUUCUAAAGACAUUCUCAAAGGAUGAUGAUUUGAAGUUUUUUGGUAAUAUCAUGCGGCAUCAUUCAAAUCAAUACACGUUAGAGAGACUGAAAGAUAGAUCUCAUGAUUCCCCCGAGCAGAGGCUAGUCCAAGUAACUCUCCAGCACCCUAGGUAUCCACGGGAUUAUUCACUGCCAUCUAUUGAUGAGGGAUGGUUAGUGAUAAAUCUUAAAAAAAAGGCCAAGGGGAUAAGAUCUACUGCAAUGGUUGCUGUUGAUUGUGAAAUGGUUCGUUGUGAAGACGGGAAUGAAGCCUUAGUAAAAGUCUGUGUUGUAGAUCACAAUUUAGAGGUCAAGCUACACAAACUUGUUAAACCGGAGAAAGCAAUCGUAGACUACAAAACAGAGAUUACUGGUGUCUCUUCUGAAGAUCUAAAGACAGUGACUUGCUCCUUAGCUGAUAUACAGAAAUCGAUGAAGAAGUUGUUAUCCAAUGGAACUAUAUUAGUGGGACACAGUUUACAUAAUGAUCUACGUGUGCUGAAGCUAGAUUAUGUUAGAGUGAUCGACACUGCAUAUAUCUUCCAACCCUUGGAUGGAUCAAUUCACAUGAGACCUUCUUUGAAUAGUUUAUGUCAGUCUGUGUUGGGCUAUGAAGUUCGGAAAAAGGGUGCUUCACAUGAUUGUCUAGAUGAUGCAUGUGCAACAAUGAAACUUGUUCUUGCAAAGAUAAACAAUGGUGUUGAUAAGCCAUUUCCAUUGACAUUGGUUCAAGAGCCUGUUUCAGAAAGUGACAUGGCGAAACUGUUUAUUCACAGAAUUCCAACCACUAUGAACGUUGAAGCACUACAUGAAAUUGUUCCCGGAGACUUCACGAUAGAGCGAAAGCCUUCCAGGAAUGAUCAAGGAGAUAAGUAUUCCGCCUUAGCGAUCUUUAAGAACCAUCGAGAGGCACAUGAUGCAUAUGAAAAUCUCCAAGGCAGCCAAUCAAAGGAUUCAAAUGGGCGUCUACAGAAAAAUGUCACAUGUCGGCUGAGUACGGGCAUGAGUGUCAGUGUAUAUGUUCGGGAAAUGGGAAUUGAUGAUCACCACAAAAAAAUGCCAUCUAAGAGAGAUUUACCAGAGGAUGAGACAGUUGAUGUUCCCAAGAACAAGAAACUAAAAAUGGAUCCUGAAGUUGAAAAGGGCUACUUGAAAGAGAUAGAAGCACUGAAUCAACAAUUGAAAGAAAGUGUGUCGGAGAUCGAUUCAUUGAAGGAACAGUUGAGAAAAGUGGAUCCUGAAAUUGUAAAGGAUGCCCACUUGAAAGAGAUUGAAGCAUUGAAUCAACAAUUGAAAGAACGUGAAUCGGAGAUUGAAUCAUUGAAGGAACAGACAAGGAAAAAGGACUUUGAAAUCACCACUCUGCAUAAAAUGGUAUCAAGCUUAAAACAAAGGCAAAAACCUAAAAAAUAGUAACCAUGGCACUGGAAUAUGUGGUGUUAGAUUAUUCCAUAAAAAAAAAAUUCAAGGACAUGCUAUUCUCAUGUGAUUCUUAUAAAACUGUGGUUGUCUAUUUGGAUGAAGCUUAUAAUUUUGGUACUCUGUAUGUUAUGUUCUUUUUUACCAAUUCAAAUUUACAAUUUUGGCCCUGUAGGAUGAGCAAAGUUGAAUGAUGUAUUUUUAUUAGGAUUCUGUCGCUAGCUAUUAUUGUUUGAGACGUUUUAUGUAGUAAUGUUGACUAAAUACAAUCUAUUAUUAUGUUGGCUUUGUUUGAGAA